GACAAGUGUCAAGAAAAAAAACGGAGAAUAAAUCCAAAAUUCCGAUUGUGAAAAAAAACUAAACACUUAUUUUAGGACAAGAAGGUUAGUUUAAAGUUAUAACUUCUUUAGCCAUGGACACAGAAAAUCCUGGAGCAGCAACCGUUGAGGAGUUAACCACCAAGGAGGCAACAGCCGCAAACAACUGGUGCCUGAUUGAAAGCGAUCCGGGUGUCUUCACCGAGAUGAUUAGUGGUUUUGGCUGCACGGGUGCCGAGGUGGAGGAAAUCUGGUCCAUUAAAGCGGACGCCUUCCGUCACCUGGAGCCCAUCCAUGGCCUAAUCUUUCUGUUCAAAUGGUUGGAUGACAAGCCCGCUGGUCGCGUGGUCACGGAUAGAAGUGAUAUCUUCUUUGCUCGCCAGGUGAUACCGAAUGCCUGUGCCACGCAGGCUCUACUCUGCCUGCUGCUCAAUCUACAGCAUGAAGACAUCGAUUUGGGUCAAACUUUGACCGAUUUAAGAAACUUAUGCCAGGAUCUAGAUCCGGAAUGCCGUGGACACCGUUUGGCCAACGAGGAGAAGAUCCGUAAAGUACACAAUUCAUUUGCUCGACCCGAACUCUUCGUGGUUGAAGAGAGCACGGAUUUCAUAGAAGAUGAUUGUUACCACUUUGUGGGCUUUAUGCCAAUAAAAGGCAAACUUUUCGAAUUGGACGGAAUGCAUGAGGGUCCCAUCGAACUGGCCGAUAUCGACCAGCAACAGAACUGGCUGGAUGUGGUCAGACCGAUUAUUGAGGCACGCAUGGAACGCUACAGCGUCGGUGAGAUCCACUUCAAUCUAAUGGCCCUGGUCUCGGAUCGUCAGCGAUGCUACGAGCGGAAGAUCCAAAUGCUGGUCAACCUACCAUCGCAACUAAGCCACGCGGAUCGUCAGGCGGAGAUCGCCAACCUAAGAUCCCAUGUGAGGCACGAGAAGGAGAAGAAGCGUCGCUAUCGCAAGGAGAACAUUCGUCGCCGCCACAAUUAUCUGCCCUUCAUUGUUGAGCUACUAAAGCAGCUGGGCGAGACUGGCCAAUUGAUGGCCAUUUGUGACAAGGCCAAGGAUCGGUCUUAUCUAUGUAAGCCGAGCAAAGAUACAAGGGACCAGCAACCUCAAUAAGCUUAAUAUAGAUCAUGCAUGAUAUCAAACCAAAUGACUCCACUGUUCUGAACUGCACACCAACGAUCAAUCGGAACCGAACCAUACAUUCCACUUUGAUGGAACUAGGAACGGGAUUUAAUAGAUUCCAAGAUAUAUAUUUAAAUAAAUGAAAUAUAAUAU